ACCAGUUGUUCACCACACGUCUCCCACUCAUUGCAAACUCUGAGCAGGGGGAAGACAGGCGCACACGCGUACGGUCCAACACACGUCCCAGAGGCAGGAAUCGACACCACGCACUGAAGAGCAGCAGGGAUUGAACACAACACGGGCUGAUAUGGAGCUCUUUGAGACCAACCCUUACUUCUUUCCUGACCAGCGCUUCUAUGAAGGAGGGGAUAGCUACUUUCCCUCUCGCCUGCCUGGAACAUAUGAUCAAGCUGGUUACCAAGACAGAAACUCCAUGAUGGGCUUGUGUGGGAGUCUGGCUGGGAGUGCUGGUGUCGGAGUAGCAAGUAGUGAGGAUAAAGCGUCUCCAUCCAGCCUGUCACCUCAUUCUGAGCCCCACUGCCCUGGUCAGUGCCUGCCCUGGGCCUGUAAGCUGUGCAAAAGGAAGACUGUGACCAUGGAUCGUCGGAGAGCAGCGACGCUGAGGGAGAAGAGACGCCUAAAGAAGGUGAAUGAGGCCUUUGAUGCUCUGAAGAGGAGCACCUUGAUGAACCCCAACCAGAGGCUGCCCAAGGUCGAGAUCUUGCGGAGUGCCAUACAGUACAUCGAAAGGCUACAAGCAUUGGUGUCCUCUCUUAACCAGCAGGACACCGAGACAGGACAGCAGGGACUGCACUAUAGAACCACCAUGAACCAGCCCAGAGUGUCGUCGUCCAGCGAGCCCAGUUCGGGCAGCACCUGCUGCAGCAGCCCCGAGUGGAGCAGCACUCCCGAGCAGUGCCCGCCAAGCUACGGCGCUGAGGAUCUACUGAGCGCGGCUGAAUCUCCUGAGCAGGGCAACAUGCAGGCCUUGACUUCCAUCGUGGACAGCAUCUCUGCUUCAGACGGAGCUGUGGCCUUUCCUGUAGACAUUCCCAAAUAGACCCUUGGAAGCAGUCGGAUCACAGAUGUAGAUGCACAAAUCCAGAAAUCAUACAAAAAUAAUAAUUACUGGUGAUGCUGUUGACUGGAAUCAUUUAAUAUUUUUAGUGAAUCUGCUGAUUUGAGUGUUUUGUCUUAUGAAAAAGAUCAAUAUUGGUGAUUAAUUAUGAGUCUAUGGGCUAAACUGAAUUCCUCCUUUCCAAAUGAGGCCUUAUUCCCUGAUUACUUGCCUUAUUCUGUGGUCCAGUCCUGUUUGUCAGAGCUACAGACGCUCAGUCUAACUUGAGAUUCAUAGAUUUUGCUGCAUGAACCCAAAAUUCUAGUUAUCCUGAGAAUCUCUGUUAAACCUUCUUCCAGACUCACAGAUGAAUUGUAUUGUUCUAACUUAAUUUAAGUUUUCCUCCUUAUGUUUGAUUCUUUCCGUGUGAGUUUAUUAUUGCUUAAUAAAAAACAUGCGUUUAUUUGCGGGGCCAAUAUGUAACAGGGCAGUUUUGACCAAGAUCUGCUUAAUUUAAACAGGUUAUAAAUGCUUUUGUUGUAAAUACGUUCCCUUUUUUUUACAGAGUGGUUUUGCCAUUUUA